AUGGUCAUCGAGAGCUGGGCCGGCGUAGGUACGAUGACCCACAUAGACAGCCGGUUCCGGUUCCGGUUCCGCUGGGCUAUGCUGUGCCUGGCCUGGUUCAGGUCGGUUCAGUUCGGUCUCAAGGACGAAGGUCACUUCACGGAGCCUUGUGAGUUGGUCUGUCGGUCCAGUGGCCAUUUCCCGAAUACUACUUAUAGCUUUAGAGCCAUCUAUCGAUCUAAAAUUAAUUCCACAGCCGAACCGCCUCUGAACUGGUGCUCCAUCGACACCUCGACUACCAUCGCUACGAGAACGAGAACGACGACAGCUCAACACCAACACCAAGCAGCUAUUCUGGCGUUAGUUUCGCUCGGCAAUUCUUAG